CUCAAGUUUUGUUUCCGGGUCAAAUUUGUUGCGGGGUUAAAUUGAACAUGGAACAGAAAGAAGAAAACAGCAACGAUGACGGAGACAUUUCCUCUGUAAUGGGUUUCUCUGGCUUUGGAAAGAAAGCCCGGACCUUUGAUUUUCAAGCCAUUUUUGAACAGACCCGAAGAACAGCUAUUGAGAGAAGCCAGCGAGCUUUAGAGGAGCGACAACUCGAGGAGCAUGAAAAAGAACAGGCUGGGAGCUCCCACACCUCCAGGUCAUCUGACGCAUCCAAAAAAACGUCAAAAUCAAGGAAGAAGGAGAGCAGUAGCAGUAGCGGCAGUGAUGACAGUGAUGACUCCGACUCAGACGGAGGGGGCGUCGGCCCCCCUCUGCCCCCCGGCUUCGCUGGCCGGCGGGGGGAGGAGGAGGAGGACGACGAGGGCCUGGUGGGACCUCCGCUACCUCCAGGAUUCGGCGGCAGCAGGACUGCAGAUGGUGAUGAUGACGAUGAUGAUGAUGUGGAGGAUGACAAUGACGAAGACACCCAAGAGGAAGAUGAUGAUGAUAAUCCAUUGAAGAAGAUUCCAGAUACGCAUGAGAUCACCCUGCAGCACGGCUCGAAGACGGUGUCUGCUAUGGGUCUGGACCCCUCGGGAGCUCGGCUGGUUACCGGUGGUUACGACUACGAUGUCAAAUUCUGGGACUUUGCAGGCAUGGACGCGGCACUGAAUGCCUUCAGAUCCCUGCAACCAUGUGAAUGCCACCAGAUCAAGUCACUGCAGUACAGCAUCACUGGUGACGUGCUGCUGGUGGUGGCUGGUAACGCGCAGGCCAAGGUGCUGGAUCGCGAUGGCUUCCAGGUGAUGGAGUGCGUGAAGGGGGACCAGUACAUCGUGGACAUGGCCAACACCAAGGGUCACACUGCUAUGCUCAACAGUGGCUGCUGGCAUCCCAAGAUCAAGGAGGAGUUCCUCACCUGCUCCAAUGAUGGCACUGUGCGUACGUGGGACGUGAACUCGGAGAAGAAACACAAGGCCGUAUUCAAGCCUCGAAGCCUGACGGGCAAGCGAGUCACCCCGACGUGCUGCACCUACAGCCGGGACGGGAAGCUGAUCGCCGCUGGCUGCCAAGAUGGCACCAUCCAGAUCUGGGACCGCAACCUCAGCGUCCACACCAAGUUCCACUGCCGUCAAGCGCACACAAUGGGAUCAGACACGUCUUGCUUAACGUUUUCCUACGACGGGACUACUUUGGCAUCAAGAGGAGGUGAUGACACACUCAAGACAUGGGACAUUCGGAACUUCAAGAAGCCCUUGAAUGUGGCUACUGGACUGACCAGCUUCUUCCCAAUGACUGACUGCUGCUUCAGUCCAGACGAUAAACUCCUGGUGACAGGUACAUCAGUGAGGAAGGGGGACGGCAACGGCAAGCUGGUGUUCUUCGACCGAGGCACUUUCCAGAAAGUCUAUGAGAUUGACGUCACCAAUUCAAGUGUGGUUCGAUGCCUCUGGCACCCCAAGCUGAAUCAGAUCAUGGUUGGCACCGGUGAUGGGCUGGCGCGAGUCUACUACGACCCUGUGAAGAGCCAGAGGGGUGCCAAGUUGUGUGUGGUGAAGAGCAAGCGGAAGUCGAAGCAGGCUGAGACUCUGACGCAGGACUACAUCAUCACUCCUCACGCGCUGCCCAUGUUCCGUGAGGCCCGUCAGCGCAGCACCCGUAAGCAGCUGGAGAAGGACCGUCUGGACCCCAUGAAGUCCCACAAGCCAGAACCCCCCGUCUCCGGACCCGGUCGAGGUGGUCGUGUGGCAGCCCAUGGUGGAACUCUGUCGUCGUUCAUCGUGAAGAACAUUGCUCUGGACAAGACGGAUGACUCCAACCCCCGGGAGGCCAUCCUGCGACACGCCAAGGAUGCCUCAGAAAACCCCUACUGGGUCGCACCCGCAUACACGACGACGCAGCCUGAGCCAGUGUUUCAAGAGGAAGAGUCAGAAGACGAGGAAGCAGACAAGGAGCCAGAAUGGAAAAAACGCAAAAUCUGAAUCAGUCUGAACCCCCUCUGUUCCCCACCCCCACCAUCAUGUUCUGCCUCUUUUUUUUGGAAGAAGAUCUGUGUGUAAAUGUCUUUGCAAGCAGGAGUACUGCUUUGGGUUUUGGUAACCAGUUCACAAUAUUUCUCCAGUGGUUUAAAUUGUGGGUGCAUUGUAUUUUUUACCCCUAAUAUGGAAUAAAAUGAUGUAAUACUUUAGACUCCUAGACAUUCAAUGACUAUUUCAAACAUUCUUUUAAUAAAAGCAAAAGUUUUUAAUGAA